GUAACGGGUGGUCACGGCCAACGCCAACCACGCCAACGUUGGUCAUGGCAGGUGCACGGCACGGGGGUACCGGGGUACCGGUGUACGUGAUGACGUGAUGAUCUGUUUGGCAACGCGGCAAUUUCGUCGGUUUUCCCGCGCACACUUAUGCGUGAAAUAGUUACCAAGUCAAAGUCAACGGUGAUAGCGAAGCACUGUGGUCGUUCUCUAAAUGCAUUCUGUAGCUGCUAGCGCUUUAUUAAUUUGCUUAUGCGGUACCAUGCCAAGGUCUAGCUGUUUGUCCGAUGCUCCUCUACUUCUAGUGGUGUCUCUCGACGGAUUUUGGUAUAAAUACUUAACAAUGUACAAUGUGCCGAAUCUGAACGCAUUAGCGAGUCAAGGUGUCCGUGCGCAGUUCAUGAAAAAUGUGUUCGUCACAAAAACUUACCCCAAUCAUUUUUCCAUCGUCACUGGCUAUUACGAAGAAAGUCACGGCAUUGUGGGUAACGCCAUGUAUGAGCCAAAGUUGAAUGAAACCUUUAAUAUCGCCAACGCAGAAACGAAGUGGUGGGACAAUGGUCAGGUGGUGCCUAUUUGGUCUGCAAAUGAGAUGCACAACAGUUCACGACAUAGCGGAGCCGUCAUGUGGCCGGGAUCAGAUGUCAAGAUCCACGGUGACACCAGCGACCACCUCGUAUCGUACGACCCGAACGUGAGUUUCGUGUCGAGGGUGGACACCGUCAUCUCCUGGUUUCUGCAUCCACACAGUCCUGCCAACUGCAUAUUCUUGUAUUACGAAGAACCCGACGCAACUGGGCACAACUUCGGACCUUUCUCUCCAGAAGUGCAAAAGAUGGUAGAAUCUGUGGAUACCCUCAUCGGACACAUGGUGGAAAAACUGAAAGCGGCGGGAAUAUUCGACAGGCUUAAUCUCGUCAUACUCAGCGAUCAUGGCAUGGCGGAAGUCCCGGGUAAGAAUGCCAUCAACCUGGAUGGCAUCUUGGAUCCGAAAAUGUACUUCCAAACAGGGACCAGUCCAGUGUGGAAUAUCCUACCAGCAAAAGGAAAAGAAGAGUUUGUGUACAACAGACUGAAAGCAGCAGCAAACGGAUCUCACUUUAGCGUCUAUCGGGCAAAGGAUGUGCCCACUCGGUAUCACUACUCUCGCAAUUCGAGGAUACUUUCUGUCGUCGUUGUGGCGGAUGAAGGUUGGGAGCUGACUACAACGUCCACGGCUUACAUGAGCGAAAACCACACUUAUGGGAAUCACGGUUACGACAACGAGCUGGACUCGAUGCAUCCCCUUUUCAUCGCUCAUGGUCCGGAUUUUAAGGCUGGCUACGUCUCCGAACCAUUUAAUAAUGUCGACCUCUACCCAUUAAUGUGUUACCUACUGGAGAUACCUGUGCUGCCCUCCAAUGGAUCCCUCGAUCGAGUAAUCUUCCUUUUAAGAAGAGGAGCACCCGCGGAACAUGAUGAUGUCAACUUGUGGCUCGUGUGUGUAACAGCGACGCUUGUUCUAAUAAGCGUAUCUCUGCUGGUGGCCAUAAUUUGUGUCUCGCGUAGGGCCAAGCGCCUUCGUAGGUCCAUGCUAGAAGGAACCUUCACGUUGGCCGCUCGGGGAGAUACGCUGCGGAGAGGCUCUACCGACGAAGAUAGAUGUCUUCUAGUGGAUGAGAGUGCGAGUUGACCACUUUACAGUGGGGGAUGGCAACGUUGAAGAGCUGCAAAAAGUUUCAUAACAGGAACUACGCAGAAGGCUGCGUGGAAGAAACCAAUUCCAAGCGCAGCAAAAUUCUCUCCAAGAAUUUUGCGCUACUGUGGUGUUGCUCGCUAGUGUGUCUUUCUUAUCCAGAUUUUGUCCUUUUCACGCCAUGUCUCUUCCAGCCACAGUAUACAGGGACAUGUUUCUACAUUUGUGGACUGCGAGCAAUGUUGAACGCUACAAAAUGUUACUUCCUAAGAAAUCAGCGACAAUAUUUAGAACCGACACGCCACCAGAUAGUAUUACGAUUUGGCACAAAGAUCGUGACUGCCACCAUUUUGAGUGAAAUCCUCCUAGUCAAGUCUUUAUACCUAUUUUUAUGUUGAGGCAGAAUUUAGAGAAUAAACCUUUUAAUCGCC